AUGACGCCAACAUUACCAUUUAUCAUAGGAGUAGCCAGUGGAAAUGAUCCUUUAUGGGUUUAUUACCUUUGUGUACUAUCGAUUAAUGUUGGUGGUAUAGCAAAUGCUAUUCAAUACAUUUGUCAUGAAGGAUUUUUAUCAAAAUCAAGAACCCUGUCGUCACACCAGGUUUCAAACUCAAUUUCAAACUCUAAUACGUCGGAACAACUUUCGGAAACGAGUUAUAACUCUGAAUUACCUGUUUUGAAAAAGGAAAUAAGCUGUUGUGCUAGUAUAUGUUUUAAUACUUUAUUGAGUUAUGAUUUGGAAUUCAAUUGCGAAUACGUAUCAGCCCUACGUACUAAAACCUCUUACUACAUAACAACAAACCCUAAUGAAAUGUGCCCCGAAACAUUGAAACUUCAUAUCAAAAGUUUCAGCGUCAGUCAAUUUUAA